AUGGACGCGGAGCGGAGUUGGGCACAUCUCUGCUGUGCGCCGACAGCAUGCGGAUUUUUGGCGCUUGUCUUGGUGGCGUACCACAACCACACUGUGCCCUACUUCCAGUCGAGUCAGGUCGGGGAGUUCACGAAGGGUUUCGACUUCUCCCAUGAUGGCGUGAGGACGGCUUACGGGGUGGCGGGUCAGAGUACCGAGAUCUUCUACGAGGGCCCGGAGAUCGAGCGGAAGGUGCUGGAGCGAUUGCACGCGCUGCCCUUUGAGGCCUGCCGGGAGAAGUACCGGCCCCAGCAAGCGGCGCUGCUGCGCGACUUUUUGCGGCCCUACUUUGGGCAGCGGAGCGCCACGGUGAAGGCCAACGAUGUGCUGGAGAUCCAGGGGGUGAAGUUCAAGGUGAUCUCCACGCGGCCCACGGAGGGCGGAGGGGUGGGGAAGGACACGGAGCUGGUGUGUCAGGGCGUGGCGCUCAGGGAGAGCUUUCAGCCUGCGGCGCGGAGCAAGGCCAAGGCGAGCUGGCAGCGGUGGGGGGGGAGCUUGGCUUUUUUUUUUUUUUUUGUGUUGGUGGCUUGGCAAGUGAGUUGUUGCCACCAUACCGAGGCGAUGCUCGUUUGUUUGGGGGGCUCGAGAGGAGCAGAGAUCUGGUGGCUCAAAAACAUGGAGCCCAAAAUGACACCGUGGCAAUGGAACCCAAGACUAAAACCUGCGUAA